CAUCAAUCAAAACACAAACGAAGAAGAACUGUUAGGAGCCGCUGAGGUUAAUGUGUUUACUUACACAAUGACAAACGAGCGAUGAAAUAGUCUCGUAAAAGCUCAUUAGGUAUUGGACCGCAGGUAACGUUAGAAGCAUACCGUGACCGUGAUAUCCGAUCAUGAGUGUCCCGUGUUUUAUGAAAACGUUUAUCAGAAGUUUCACCGGUGUAUCAGCAGUGUUCAGACCAGCCGUAGUAUGUUCAUGUAAAGGGAUCGACACACGGAAAAUGUCGUCGAAGAGACAGACUGACCAUCUAGAGAGAACUGCUAGUGUAUACAGACAAAUGGAACUUUUCUCUGCACGUGUUUGUGACAUUGUGAAUGAAUCGGAUACAGUGAAGAGAUUGAGCUUAGAGAUGUCAGAUCCUGCCUUUAAAUUCCGUGCCGGACAAUGGGUGGAUUUCUUCAUCCCAGGUGUGGAUACGGUAGGCGGCUUCUCCAUUUGCUCCAGUCCCGGCCUGCUAAAGAGAGAGGGAAUUAUCGAGCUUGCUGUUAAAUACACACGCCACCCUCCAGCACACUGGAUUCAUACACAAUGCUCGGUGGACUCUGAAGUAGCUGUGAGAGUUGGAGGUAAUUUCUACCUUGACCCUCAACCCUCUGAUCCCGUGCUUGACCUGCUGUUGGUAGCCGGAGGUGUUGGAAUCAACCCUCUGUACUCCAUCCUGCUGCACACAGCUGAUCUGCUCCGACACUCUUCUCCCGGUCAUGUGUACAAACCCGGUCGAACACAUCUUUGCUAUAGUGCUAAAAACACGAAGGAUCUUCUAUUUAAGAACACCAUCAUUGACAUCUGUCACGAGCUCUCGGAGAAGAUUUCCUGCAACUUUCACGUAACUCAGCAAAGCUCUGAUAUAGAGCAGGAAAUUCAACCUUACACCAUCAAUGGAAGGAUAUCAGAAGAUGUGCUACGGCCUCACGUAGACCCCAAACGUACGAUGUGUUAUCUUUGUGGUCCUCCGCCCAUGAUAGAGAAAGUGAGUGCAGACCUGCAGAGGCUCGGGGUAUCGGAGGACAAAAUCCUUUUCGAGAAAUGGUGGUAACCCCACCCCUCCAUUGCCUCAAACUCAGAUGGAUGGCUGCAUUUGUGCAUUAUGGAAACAGAAUGUAAUGGUAAUGGAGCAGUAAUGCAUUCAAGUUCAAUUGGAACGCACAACAGACAUUUUGUCUGCAUUUUCCUGGACUUUAUUAUUCUACUGAUUUCCAUAUUUUCACAUUUAACCAUUCAUUCUCUAGACUGCAUUCCUGAAUGAUGAUGGGCUGUAUGUUAGGUUUAAACUUUCUGAUGUGAGGUUACUUGAACUGUUUCUGUUUUACAUCAUUGUAAUAAUGGACUCCACAAAUUGACCGUAACCAGUGCUGAAAUGCUCUACAUUAUAGUUCAUUUGCUGGUUAACUCUCCGUAGGAGUCUAGGAGUAUUGCACACGUAGAUUGCACUAGGUUUUUUUUAAAGAUCUAUGUACAAUUGUAUAUGUUGUUCGCAAUGAAAUUUUAAUAUACAUAUUUAUUAUAAGUUUUAAAAUUCAAAA